AUGACGUCGCAAGGGCCACGGACCCUGGCAACCCUGACCUUUGACGCCGCCUCCCAGCGGCCGCCACUGCAAUUCCUGCUGGAACCGAAUGGGAAACAGGUCAUUACUGUGGGCCGUGCGCCCAAAUCAGACGUGGUGUGUACAUUGUCCGGCAUCUCAUGGAAUCAUUUAGAGCUGCGGCUGCCACCCGCGGACGCAACGCUGGGUCAACUGCACUUGCUGGUGAAAGAUUUGUCCAUGAAUGGAACUGGGGUGAGAUUGAGCCCAACGUCACAGCUACAGAAAGUGCCCAAGGACACUGAAAUGCAGUUGACAGAUGGAGGGGCUAUCUCAGUGCCAGUGCGCAAGCCCAAGUCCAAGGGGAAUGAGGAGCAAGAUGUCAUUCAGCAGAGCUUCAUGGUGAAACUGGAGCCCACCUCUCUCCAAGAGCUGCCGCCGAAUGCACCUGCGGCGCCUGCAGUGAAGAGACCUGCGCAGACACAAGCAGGAAACGUGCCCAAGAAGCAAGCGACAGAUCAAGUGCUCCCUGAGAGCUGCACCCAGCGACUAGCCAAGGGCGAGGCUUUAGUGAAAUCGGCGCGCCAAGCCGAAAGCCGUGGUCUCCUCAUCGAGGCUUUAGCCUGCUAUCGCCGGGGCUUGCAGCAUUUGAUCCGCGUCCUACCUGUGCUGGAGAGGGGCAACGCCCUGCUGGCGCCGGCGCAGAAGAUGGUCCGGGACAACUUGGAACGGGCAGCCCUGGUGAAGGAGCGGCAGAACCGACUGAAGCAAGCCGAGGUGGAGCUUCCCUAA